AUGCCAUACUCACCUGGCAAAACACGAGGAUCUGAUCUCAAAAGCAUUCCAAGGCAGACAUGGUCGUGCUUUCUUAUUUGGCUCAGUGUAGGAGAGAACAUAUCUUUAGGACCAAAAGAAGACCGCCUAUUGAUAACUGGGCUACAUUCUGUCAAAGAUAUUCGAUGUAAUGUUUGCACGCAGGUGGUCGGAUGGAAAUACAUCAACAACCGGACGUUGUUAUUCAAGGUGUUUGCAUUUGAGGAAUCACAAAAGUACAAGGAGGGCAAAUAUAUUGUAGAGAGUGCAAUGAUUACAAAGGAGAAUCAAUGGGAUGAGGCAUAG